CACACACUUAACGUUCAUAUUCUCUCUCUCACACUCUCUCACUAAAUCUAAAACUCUUUCAGUUUCUCUCUCUACCUCGACCUGAAAACAAUGAAGUCCCCUGCAAAGAUCGGAGAGUCUCGUUUCUUAGGAAACAUCUCAACUUCCUCGAUCCGUAACCUCCUUCCCAGAUCCAUCUACGCCAAACAGAAAUCAAUCCAAAGUCAAAGUUUCAGAUCCAACGACGAGAACGCGCCUCCCUGCGACCCAAACACACUCACUACUCAUAACGAUAUUCAAUUAAAGAACAAAUCUCCUCACAAAGUGUUCCCCUCCGCUCUCCCCGAAGAACAUACUCAGAUUCUCAAAUUGGGAACAAACACUUACUCUGAAGACAAGGAGGAGGAUACUGUUUCAAACUCUCCUUCCAAGUUUGAAGGUAGGAGUGUACUAGCUACAAGAUCUAGCUCAAUGGAUAAUGAGAUCACGGAGGAAGAUGAUGAAUUGGGUGACCAGAUCCGUGAACUAAAGGAGGAACUAAUCAGAACCAAGUCUGAUGGGUACAAGAGUGGUUACUUUGCAAGGGAGAGCUUAAGUAAACUGAGAAUGAGCAUAAACAAGUCUUUAGUCUCGUCCUGUGAUGAUAACAAAGAAGAAGAAGAUGAAGAUGAUGAUGAUGUGAUGAAGUUGAAUAAACAUGUUGAGAAGUACUGUGAUGCUGAUGACUUGAGGGAUUCAGUGCAAUCCUCCUUUGCUAGUGCUUCCUGUUGUGAAGCUGAGUCAAUGAGUGGAGAUGAGAUCUGUUCUGAAGAUGUAGAGGAGAUACACAAAGACUGUGCCUUUGCUGAAUCUGUUGGAAACGGGAUUUCAAUCAGUUUACCUCGUCAGACUCGUAUCCUUGAAGAGCCGAUUCUGUCAGAGUCUCCAAAGCUUAGGAACUUUCGCAAGAGUGUGGCUGUGUCCACAAAGUUUCAAGCAAGUGCUAGGAAUGUAACUGAGAGCUCCAACCAGAGCCCUUCCGUGUCCAAGAAGUCUUCGAAUCCAACGGAUUCUCUAGCUGCAAGUCUCCACAGAGGACUGCAGAUUAUAGACUCUCACCAACGAAGCUCUUUAUCAAACAGAUCUACUGUUUCAUUCUCCUUUGGGCAUCUGUCUCUGAAGCCUUCCGAUGAAGUUGAGAAUCUCAGUGCUUCGGUUAAGUCGUGUCAAGAAGGUGGAUCAUCGAUUCUCCUCUGCCUUUCUUGCAGACAGAAACUUGACCAAGAAGCUGAGGGAGGAUAUAAGGCAACAGAAGAAGCCUGCACAGACGAGAAGCAUCUCAAGAAUAUAUGUGCUGAGCAGGCUGCUAAAAUUGAGCAGCUAACUUGUCAGUUGGACCAAUACAAAAAGAACACUGUGCAAGAGUCUAGUAAGCUAACCAAAUUCAAUGAUGGAGGAGAUGAGACAAGCCAGCGUUGUGAAGAGUUUAGUGAAAAGGAAGCUCUUCUAAAGGAGAUUGCAGAGCUUAAGAGCAAGCUGCAGCCUACUAAAUCAACAGAUAAUCUUAGAUCAUCUUUGCUAUUGCGGUCCUUUCAAAUGAGGAAAAGCACUGAUCUAACGAGAAACGCCGAGAACAACAGUGAUGUUUUAGAGGAGGAACGUGAAAGGUGGACAGAAAUGGAGAGUGAAUGGAUAUCUUUAACAGAUGAUCUAAGAAUGGAUAUUGAUAACCAUCGUAGACAUGCAGAGGAUCUGGAGACAGAGCUCAGAAAGGAGAAAAUGGCUACAGCGGAGUUAAAUGAUGCUCUUGGUAGAGCCAUGCUUGGUCACAGUAGAUUCAUUGAGCAGUAUACAGAGCUGCAGCAGGAGUAUGAUGAGCUAGUUGAGAGGCAUCAAGUGACGAUGGCAGGAAUAGUUGAUGUGAAGAAAGCAGCGGCUAAAGCUGCAGUGAAAGGUCGUCACGGGAAGAGUUUUGCCAAAGCCUUUUCAGCUGAGCUUACUGCCAUUAGAGCUGAGAAAGAGAAAGAAAGAGAGUUCUUGAAAAAGGAGAACAAGGGCCUUAAAAUUCAGCUCCGAGAUACAGCAGAAGCUGUCCAAGCUGCUGGAGAGUUACUUAUCAGACUCCGAGAAGCUGAGCAAUAUGUACAUUCCUCUGAGGAACGUUUCAGCACACUUGAAGAAGAGAAUGCAAAGUUAAAGAUGCAAAUGGAGAAGUUAAAGAGUAAGCACACAACAGAAAUGAGCACAAUGAAGCAAUAUCUUGCAGAAAGCAAAUUGCCAGGGUCCGCAUUAGAGCCAUGGUUCAAGGAGAAUGAGGAGCAUGAAACAGAAUACAGAACCGGGUUGGUCAAGGAGAUUGAAGAACAUGAAACAGAACACAGAACCGGUGUGGUCAGCUAUGACGACUAUGCGGACGAUCAGGCAUGGAGAGCUGAGUUUGGUGCCAUUUAUCAAGACCAUCAGUAUUGAUGAUGAUUCUGUCAUUUCAUUUCAAGAACAAAAACUUUGUUGAAUCAGUCUCCCCUCCUUUUGUCUCAGACAAGACCCAUCUUGGGUCAUCUUAUCUUCUUAUGUUGCCUAAAAAUUCAUAUUAUGUCUUGUUAUUGUUUGAUGUUGUUGUCUUUACAUCUUCCAUUGUUGUAUGGCCAUUAAAUGAAUCAGGUUUUCAUGUAAUCUGAAUAUUAUUAAUUCGCCAAAAUCGUUCAUUAUUUUGUUUCUGAUUUAGAUUCAAAAGUUGAGCUUGGGAAUUUAGGCAUACUGUGAGGCAGAUGGUCCUUCAUUGGUGUAGCUUUUAAGCUGCGAAGCAAUUAUUUUAAAUCGAAUAACGAUGAAGUUAUAUUUUUAGGGUAUUUAACCACGAUUUGUUUGUUCAGUUGAAAAUUUUUUGUAGC